UACAAUUAUAAUAUAGAUUCUAUAUUCUAUAUUUUUUUUUUCCGGAGAGGAGGGUCUACAUAGGAUGCAAGCCCUGAGCAUCAGGGCUUAGGAGGAGUCGAAAAAAAAGUCAUCACCUUUUCCCUUGCUUGUUUCCUUCUCUCCUCCUCCAACCCAACCAACACUCUGCCCCACAACCAACAUUCGACAACUCAAAAAACAGUCUUCAAGGUCAGUGCCAUAAUUGCUUCCAAACCUAGCGCCAGGAUGCCCGCCGCUACAGAGCCCAGCGCCACUGGGCACUCACAAAACCUGGGUUCACAGUCGACCCAGGCGCCCCCCCCACCACAUCCACCUGUUUUCUAUAGCCGGGGAUUUAACAUAUAAGCCAUCAGAAGGUCGGAUUGGAUGUUAACAUGGCGAGCAAGACGUUGAAGGGAUGGUCCGAAAUCACGGUCUACCCAACAGAUGCUUCAUUGCGACAAUUUAGAUUGAACUGCAGACAGUGCAGGAUUACUAGAUGCUAUGUUAACGGAAGAGCAACGGCUACACAACAUACUGAUCCAUACCAGAAUUUUAAGAUGCAUGAGACUUCUACCGUGCACCAACAUCACCAAUACCGGAAGAAGUUGGAUGCAGUGCUACACGACCCUCCUGAGCAUGAACUUGUAAUCAACCUACCUUCCAGGGUUAAGAUCGAGCCCAUACCUCCAACGGGGCAAUUCAAGGCGGACUCUCUAGAUGCUACUACGAAUGCGGCUACUGGGAUAAUGACUUCGUCACUGCUUACAUCCCGGACAGACAAUUCACUUAGCCCGUUCGCACCUCUAACUAUUAAGAUUGAGUUUGUUGUUGAAAACAUCAGGGAUGGGUUCAAUUUUGUUGGCUGUAACCUAGGGGAUAUGCGAUACCCACACGCCUAUACAACACAUUCGCCUCUCCCUGGAACUGCCUGCGGCCUUUUCCCUACUCUCGACGGUAUUCAUGAACGGUGGACAUGGGAACUUGAGAUCACAGCACCGAGGACUCUUGGGGAUAUUCCGAAAGGGAACUUGUCCGAGACUAAAGAGAAGAGGGGAGAUACCAAUGCGACGGCUAAUGGGACUAACGGUCUGCCUAAUGGGAUUAACGGUGUUAAUGGCAAUCAUACUUCUGACGAAGAUGUUGAUGAAACGCUUGACGAUGAUAAUGAUCUCGAUAUUAUUGUCAUAUGCAGCGCAAAUUUAAAAGACGAGGUUUGUUUAGGAGACAAACCUUGGAAGAAGACCUGGAAGUUCGAGCAGACAGUGGCUGUAUCUCCUCAACAUAUCGCAAUUGCCGUAGGUCCCUUCGAACGUGUCAAUCUCUCCGAGUACCGUGAUGUGGAGGCCGAGGAAGCUAUGGGAAUUAUGAUUGUGGAUGUGAUGGGCUAUUGCCUUCCUAGCCGGGAAGCAGAGCUCAGAAGCACAUGCAUGUUCAUUCCAAGAGCCCUCGAUUAUAUGUUCAAGGAGUUCGGCCAAUACGUCUUCCAAUCAUUCAACCUUUGUUUCGUUGACGACCUCGUUUGUGAUACCACCGAGUCGGCCUCUUUGGUAAUAUGCAGUAACCGCCUCUUGUUCCCGGAGAGCCUGAUCGACCCUAUUGAGCCAGUUACUCGAACACUUACAUACUCGCUUGCCGCACAAUGGGCCGGGGUUCAUGUAGUUCCAAAGGAUUGGUCUGAUACAUGGGUUAUUGUUGGGAUGGCAUAUUGGAUGGCCAACUGUUUUCUGAAGACCCUGAUGGGUAAUAACUGGUACCGGUUCAACCUCAAGAAAGAUGCGGAGAAGAUCUGCGAACUGGACAUCGGAAGACCAUCCCUCUACGCUCAAGGAUUCCAAGUCCCAAUUGAGCCAUCCGCCCUGGACUUUAUCAAACUUAAGGCGCCAGUUGUAUUGACGAUAUUGGAAAAGCGAUUGUGGAAGGUUAGCUCCUCAAUGGUAUUGCACCGCGUGGUUCGAAAAACCUUUCUUGGAGCAAUUGCAGGCGAUUUGAAGAAUGGCUUAAUGAGCACUCAACAUUUCACCCGGUUGUGUGAGAAGAACAGUCACACCAAACUCGAAUCCUUCUUUCAGCAGUGGGUAUACGGUUCUGGUUAUCCACGGUUUGAAGUCUCCCAGCGCUUUAAUAAGAAGAGGAUGAUUGUAGAGAUGGGUAUUCGACAGGUGCAGUCGUCGGAGACUCCGGCCGCACGAGUGACGGCUGAAAACUUUAUGCAGGACGCGAUGAAUCACGAGCGCCAUAUUGUUGUUGGUCCUACAAGGCCUGUCUAUACUGGACCAAUGACUAUUCGGAUUCAUGAGGCGGAUGGAACCCCAUAUGAGCACGUUGUCGACAUCAAAGAGGGUUAUACAAAGCUUGAUAUACCGUACAACACUAAGUACAAGCGAUUAAAACGUUCCAGACGACAGAAAGAGAGGGCUGCUGCUGGAGCUGGUGUGGACGUUAGCAUAGAUGCACAGAAUGACGAUGUUUUGCUCUACUGUCUCGGCGAUGUCCUACAGGCUGAGGAUGAGGUUGUCGAUUGGAAGAUGGAAGAUUGGUCAAAGGAGGAAGAAGACAAGAUGGCUCAGGAGUCCUUCGAGUGGAUACGCAUGGACGCAGAUUUCGAGUGGAUAUGUACUCUCAAGGUCAACCAGCCAGACUACAUGUUUCUCUCACAGUUGCAGCAAGACAGGGAUGUCAUCGCACAGUAUGAGGCAUUGCAAUAUUUCUCGAGUGUCAAAGAGUCAGCCUUGAUUUCUUCAAUAUUUGUCAGAACCUUGAUGGAUCGAAGGUACUACUGGGCCAUACGCGUUGAGGCAGCGAUGGGGCUCGCAAAGUGUGCCACGGCGGAGCUCAAUUGGAUAGGCCAAUUCCAUUUGAUGAAGGCUUUCCAGGUGUUCUUUUGUUUUCCGGAAUCUUCGGUACCCAAAAGUAACGACUUCGCGGAUGCGACUGCAUACUAUGUUCAAAAAGCGAUUCCCACGGCGGUGUCACGCAUAAGAAAUGUGUCUGGUGCUUGUCCAACAUCUGCGCAGCGCUGGAUUCUGGAUGUGUUGCGUUGGAACGAUAACAAUAAUAACAACUAUGACGAUUGUUUAUACAUUGCAACGUUGAUGAAAGCACUUGCCAAUACUAUCACAAUUACGAAGUUUGAUUUGAAUAACGAUUCCGGAUAUGAGGAUGAGGAAGCUAUUCAGACUCAAAAUGAGUCGAUCAACGAGAUUGAGCGAUAUCUCCGCAUAGACAAGUGGCAGUCUGUAUAUCAGAAUGUCCUAUCUGAGACAGCUGUCGAGAUUCUGAAAGACUGGAUUCUGUCGGGUAUCAAAGACAAAGAUUCCAAGUUUUUCCUGUCAUACACCCGUGAAGGGACAUUAGAUUCUCUGAGAGCCAAGUGUUUCGAAUGUCUGGUUGAGCUCGGGGCGAUGCACCGACCUGGGUUUGUCAAGUACUUGGCCAAAGUUAUGAGCUCCGACCCUUCGCCAUACCUGCGCCAUCGACUGUGGAAAGUACUCGGAAAGGGUCUUGGCAUGAUUGCUGUCGGAAGCACCAAACCAGUGAAUAAUAAUUCCAAUCCUGGCUUCGGAGAGAUGACCUUCGUUGACGAUUCGGUUGAUAUGUCACAUGAACGGCGGAGUGAGCUUGCCAAAGAGACAAUCGCUGGAGCAAUUAAGAACCUGAAGGUGGAACUUACGGACAACGAAGCUUUCAAGCAAGCUUUGUGGGCUGCAGCUAUCUCUCCAGACAUUGGCCUUAUUGAGGUCCGCAACUUCCUCGACAUCUGCAGUCUACUAUUUGAGACCAAGUCAUCCCUUGUGGUUAUACUCAGGCAGAAGUCGAAGACCUUGAAGUGCAUCCACCUCGGAAACUGUAGGAUGGUAAUCAAGAGCGAAUAUCGAAACUGGUACGCCCCACGCCCUCAACCGCCGCCAUCACGUCCUGCUACCUCAACCCAUCAAGACUCUCCGUACGCACAGAACUCAACUCCUCGCUCUGGCCCAAUAAAGCUUGUCACAAACCCAAGACCUCGUAACAACUCGGGCUCUGCCAGGAGACUCAAGACAGAGAGGCAAUCCUCGGGGUCCACGCCUAGACCUAAGCAGACGGCGGCGUCUUGUACUCCAAAGGCCUCGCCAGCGGCAGGAGGGGCUGGAUCGACCCAGAGACCGACAAAGAUCGUGUUGAAGUUGAAAAGGCCGUUGCCGCAGAAUGGUGAUAACGCGUAAGCAUAGGCUAGGGGAGGAAAGUGGGGGAAAGAGGAGGGAUGGGCAUAGCGGGGAUUAAUUAAUUGCGGCCUGAUCUUUUUUCUUUCUUUCUUUUUUAAAGUCCUUUGAGUGUUUUUCACCUCCCGUUUACGAUACUUACUUUAGCUUAGCUUUACCCUUUACUUACUUAGCUUUACUUAACUUCACUUGCUUCAUACGGUGUGUAUCAUUAAAGCCGACUAUUUUUCAUUUUUCAUCUUCAUCUUCAUAUCAUUUCUCCGCUGUACAUCUUUUCCUUCUCUCCACUUUUCGUCACCAUCGUUAGGGCUCCAAUGGCGGAAUAGGCUCCGCCUCCCCACUUAUAUUCCUUCUUAUAUUCCUCCUUAUAUUUUUCUUUUUUUCUUUUCUUCCUUCCAUUGUCAAACUUUUGCAAAUAGGUAUCAUAGCAUAAAUUGGGAACUUGGGCGUUCUUUCUAUUUUUAUUCUUUACCACUUUCCUAUCUUCCUUGUACUUGAAAUCAAAGUUUUUUUUUUCGUUUCCUUUUAAUCACCACUUUGGUCGGAGGGGAUGCGGAACGAUGUGAAAGGGGAGGGUGGCGCGGGGGGGGUUUCUUGAUAAAAAAAGAGUUGGGUUUUUUUUUUCAGUAUGAAACUGUAUGGUAGGUUAGCUGAAUUAUGACGGUAGUAUUAUACCCUACCUAGUGGGGCUUGUCA